AUGGAGAAUACUUCUACCUCAGAAUACAUGGCGCUGAUCAACGAACUGUCUCAAGGAAUGGAGCAAGCUAAACAGCUUCGAUUUCAUUUGAACUUGACGUCCCCUUGCGAAGCUCAUGACUUUCUUCUGCAAGGGAUAUUAUCUUCUUAUGAAAAGUCUCUGAUGAUUCUCAAGUCGAAUGGAACUGCAGGACAAGUCGAAGCAACAUCUUCAGUAUCUGUUGAUGGAAGUUCGUACAGUGGGGAUCUGAACAACAAUUUAAAGAUUCAUCAGGAACAUAAAGAUACACCGAAGAGAAGAAAACAUUCGCAUACAUGGACAGAACUAGUGAGAAUUAACUCGGAAAAUGGGCUAGAAGGACCUACAGAUGACGGGUAUAAUUGGAGAAAGUACGGGCAGAAGGACAUUCUGGGAGCUAAAUAUCCCAGAAGCUACUAUAGAUGUACAUACCGUCAUCUUCAAAACUGUUGGGCAACAAAGCAAGUGCAGAGAUCUGAUGAUGAUCCUACUACAUUUGAGAUCACAUACAAAGGAACACAUACGUGUAACCAUUCUGCUAAUGGAGUUCCACAACCAGCAUCAAUUGAAAAACAAGAAUCGAGACAUUAUUCUCACAACCAUCGACCACAACAGAACCAGACGCUUUUGAACUUUCAAGCAAAUCAUAGAGUCGACAUUGGAGACUUGGAGAAAACUGAGAAGCCCUCUCUCUUGUCGUUGCCCUCAACAUUUGGAUGCUUAGAAGGAGAAAAUCAUAAGUUUCCAAUCUCUACGUUUAUUAAUGACAAUAACUUCGAAUCCUAUUCUCAAUUUAUGUCAGAAUCAAAUUACUUACCAUACCAGAGGAACAGCUUUGAGGGUGCUCAUAAUUUACAGUACUCAGAAUCUGAUGUUGCUGUGAUAAUAUCAGCCAACGCUUCGACGACCUAUUCUCCAAUCGCAACCAUGGAGUUUCCAGUUGAACCUUUAGAUUUGGAUCCAAAUUUUCCGAUCAGCAUCUCAGGAUUUUUUACAUAA